UAAGGAUGGUGUUCUUUUUUUCAGCAAGAAAAGUUUUAAACUAUUCAUUACUAGCUUUGGGAAACUAAUCACGUGACAUGUAUACAAAAUGGCGUCAGGAUUAUCAGAGGAUGAAUUUCAUCGCAUGCAGCUACAACUUAUAGAGUUGAGAACAGCUAAGUACGAACUUGAAGCUACUAAUAAGAAACAAGAAAGAGAAAUCCAGAGUUUAAAAGAUGCUGCUGAAACAUCAGAGAAAGAGUUGCAGAAGGCACAGAAGGCCAUCAACAAGAGCAAGAAAGCAAAGGAGGUGGAAAUGUUGUUGCAAGAAGCCGAUAACUUACAAAUGAAGUUACAAAGUCAAGAAGAUGAUUUUAGAGUGCAGAAUCAAACAUUAAUGCAGGAACUUACUAAUCUUGUAUCAAGCAAUGAAGACUUAGAGAAACAGUUGUCUGAGUUAAAGGAGAACAAGGGAGGUAAUCAAGGAGCUAGUGAGGUGUCGUCACACUUGGAGGAUGAAGUACGAAGGUUACAGGCGCAAAAUGCUGCUUUACAGAAGAGUUUGUCAGAAAUGCAGUCCAAGACAUUAAGUAAGAGUGAAAAUGAAGAUGACAGUGAGGCUGCAGAAUCAGUGACAACAUCUGAUGGUAACAUAACAGAUGUUGAAACAUUACAGAAAAAAAUUGAUGAACUGAAGUUGAGUGUAGACACUGAGGCUGAAGAAAAGAGGAUGAUCAAACAAAAACUCUCAGAAAAUGAGGAGAGCCAUAAAGAAGAAGUUAAAAGUUUGAAAGAUGAAUUAGAAAAGUUGACUGAAAAGUUAAAAAAGAAGCAAGAAAGUUAUGUGCAGUUACAAGGAGAAAAAGAAAGCUCUUUCAGAGAUCUAAAUGCCAAGCUGAUAGAGUUACACUUCAGUAAGGACAGAGAUCAGAAAUAUUACACUGAUCAGAUCUCCAAACUACAGCAAGAGAUUGCCAAAUAUCAGAAGAUACAAGACGAGAUUAAGAGUAAUUCAGAUCAAGCUAUUAAACAACUACAGAACAAAAUGGCUCAGAUGCAACAGCAGAUAAAUGCGGCAGAUAUUAUAGAGAAUCAACAUAUACAAGAGAGAACUCAGAAAUAUGAGAGUCAUGUGAAGGAGUUACAAUCACAGAUUCUCGUGCUUACACAAAAACGGGAUGAUCUGUCUGCUCAACUUGAGGAGAGUCAGAAGGCAAGUGAGAUGGCAUCACAACAACUUCUCCACUUACAACAAGACAGAGAUAAACAGAUACAAUCUGCACAGGAAGCUAACAAGCUUGCAGAGAAAAGGAAGGCAAUGCUGGAUGAGUUAGCUAUAGAAUAUCAGAAAGAUGGUGAUAAACAUAGAGAACAAAUGUUAACUAUGGAGAAUGAUUAUGAAGUUAGACUGAAAACUUUACAGCAAAAACUAGAUCAAGAGCAGAAAAAGCAUGCAGAACUAGAAAAGUUGAAAUCAACAUUAGAGGAGAAACAGACAGAAAUAAACUCACUGUCAGAGAAAUGUGGUUGGCUUGAGAGGAAGUUGUCAGAUACUGAGGGCUCACUGGACAAGACUUUAGAUGAGAAUGAAACAACACUGUUGAGUUUGAAAACUGACCACGAGGAGGAAAUAACAUCUCUUAAAACUGAACAUUCCACACAAAUUGAACAACUUACAAACACAUUCCAGGCAGAAAUUAAAUCACUCAAGGAGUCAGAAGAAUCUCAGAAGCAAGUUAUUACCAAUUUAGAAGAAGAAGUUAAAAAGUUUAAACAGGAAAUAAAAGAUGGUGUAAAUGAGAAAAAAGUACAUGAAAAGAAAGGAAAAUCAGUGUUAAAAGAUCUGAAGAAACAGCUUCAUGCAGAAAGAAAAAGAGGAGAUAAACUUCAGGAAAGGUUACAGGAAGUUUUAUCUAAUGGAUCUCACAAUAAAAGCAUUGAGGAUUUAUUCCGUACACCAGACAUGAUGAGUGAUUCCUGGCGGGAAGACCAAAGUUCUGUAUCAUCAUGGAGUGGAGGGGGAACUUUAGCAUCUUAUGGAACAAAUCCUAGUGUAAUGAGUACAUCACCACAGAGUUCUCCUAUGUCACCCAGUUCCGAGUUUCCAGGUACAGUGAGGAACGAGGGAUUGGAAAAUGAAAGCAAGGAAUUGCUUGGUAGACUAGCUGCUGUCCAGCAGGAAAAAUGGGACCUCGAAGAAAAGGUUCGUCACUUAGAGACCAGUACGGCAGCAAUGGCGAAUGAUUUAAUAGAAAAAGCCAAAAUAAUAGAGCAUUAUGUCAUGGAGAGUAGAACAGAUAUGAAACACAACAAUAGUCAGCCAGAUGACAAAAUUACGUUUAAAAAAGUUUUAGAUCUAGUCAAUAAAACCGAUGAACACGGACUUCGUGAAAUGAAUAAAAAACUUCAAAAUAUGCUUGAGGAAACACUCACCAAAAACAUGCAUUUACAAAAGGAUUUAGAAACUAUGUCACAGGAAGUUGUAAGACUGAGUAAGUUGCCACACCAUGUAGAUGCAAGAGUGAAAAACAGUGAACAAAAUUCCAUAACACCAAAACAGGACAGUUCUAAUUGUUCUAAUAAUACGGACGGACAGACAGACAGUAUAAAGUGCUCUACUGUGAAUGGCGCUGUAUCAUGAGACUUGUAAAGGGUUGAAAUGGCGUGGUGAAGUUGUUCAGAGAGAAGUGAGGUUGAGCUCUCUAUUCGUCACACAGAGACAAUGGGACACUGGUCAUUCCUAUCGUCCACAGAAUGCCAUACAUGUGAUAUUACAUAAUAUACUUGUUUCUGACAGUUUUAAUGUCAACAAUAUACACAAACAUCAUAAAGCAUCAUGGCAUAUUCCAAAUACCCCAAAAUCAUUAUUAUUCAUUGGGGCACUAAUUUUCAUGGUUUUUAGUGUAUAGGUCAAUCCACAAUUUUAAGAUUAGACAAAAUUUUCAUUUCAUUUGCUGUAAGAUUAUUUUGCAUCACGUUAUUUACAUUUUACCCACUGGAAAAAUAAACAGUCCACAGAUUUAAAAACCCAUGAAAGUGGGGUUUUUUUUGGUGACAAAACCAUGAAAUUUCAUGUCCAUGAAAUUUCGUGAAUUCACAGUAACACAGUUGUACUAAAGGGUUGAAUGUUAUUUACACUCAAUAAGAAUAAAACUGUCAUGUUUUAUAAAUGAUUCACUUAUUCUAUGAACCAAAGAAUGCAACAUUAUUAUAAUUAGACAAUUUUCCAAAUUAUCAUUGAAAAUAAAACUCAUUAAUUAUAUGGAGACUUGAUAAUCUGAUUAUUAAAAAUAAUUGUUUGUUUAAUAUUGUGCUAUUAUUUAAGUUUUUUUGUGGGGGUGUGAGAGAUUUACAUCUUUAAUGCAUUAAUUUACUUAAAAAAAUUUUUUCUCACAUGGUUAUAUAAUCUAGGAACAUAAUAGAAUAAGAAUGAUUCAUCAGAAUUAACUCAAGGUGGUGGCUAUUUUUAACUCUUGAUACUGAAAUCUAUUAAAGUAACAUUGGAUAUUUCCAAACUCAAUGCAGAGCCAUUCCAUUUGACAUGUUUAGCUGAUACAGUUAUCAAACUAACUGCUGUUUUUACUGGUAACUUUAAAGCUGCAUGCCUUCAUAUUCAUGAUAAAUGUCAUGAAAAAAAAAAUGAAAAUGUAUUUUAAAGUAAAAUAUUGUGAAGUGAACAAAGAAAGUAGUUUUUACAUUGCAAAUGACACAUACAGUACAUGUAAUUUACUAAUAAUAGGUCAAAAUAUGCAAAAAUAGGCCUUACUGCUUUGUCACGAAGAAAUAAUAUGGUGAUAAACAAUGCAAACUCAGUCAUUAAUUGCACAUAACAUGUAAAUUAUUACUUGACUCUUGAAUCUUUUUACUUUUCUUUAUAUCAUAGUUCAUUUUUCUCAAGUUUGAUUUCUUGAAAUAUUUUAGCUCAUCUGAAGGCAUGCAGCUUAAAGUAUGGCUCCUCUUUUUGUAACACACUUAUCUAGAUUCCCAUCAUAUCACAUGUUUUUGUUAACUAUAAAAUCUUGAUUCUUGUACUGUUGGGUUUCUUCUGAAAGGAUUUUUCUUUUUUAAUUUCAAGAACAAUUAAUAGUAUAUUUGGAUUGUCAAUAUUUUUUAUUAUUGUCGCUGUGUUGAAUUGAUGUUGUAAUUUUGAUUCUUUUAUUAAGCUUGCAAUAGCUCAUGUUGCCUUAAAGAUGGUGAUAUAUUCUGCUUAUUUCUACACAAUCUGGUGAUAUUAUGUUUAUUUUAUUUCUUUGUAAGAAUCUUUCAUUUUGCUUUAUAUCUGUACUUCAGGUAUGUCAAUUUUUUAUUUUUGUACUUAAUGAUGUAUAUGUAAGGUGAGAAAAAAAGCCAUUUUUUAUCCAAGGUAAUUUUAUUUUUUAAAUGUCCUGGAAUAGGCUUAGGCAUAUGGAUAAAGUUUUUCUUUUAGAUAUACACAAUAACUACACCUUUACAGAAGAAUAAUGCUUUUUAUUCAUGUGACUAUGGUUUAAUGGUUUCCUUGGCAAAAUUUAAGAUCAGCACUGCCUUUUAUAGUUUAUACAUAUUUAAAAGCUUGAUUUCAAACAUGGUAUAUUAAAUCUUAAAAAAGAAAAAUAUCUCCAUUUGGUUCAUGUUAAAAGAAACAACUCAGUGGAGUCCCUUUAAUAAAAUAUAAAUUCAGAUGAUGAGUCAUCAGUUUUUUUUAUGUCAGUUAAUUGAUUAUAUCAUAAAAUCAGACACUGCAAUUUUUUUUUGCAGCUGGUACAGAUUUUAACAAAUUACUGCGGGUUACUUCCUUAUGGAAAUUAGCACAGCAGUGUCUUAAUUUAAUGAAUCUAGAAAAUGAUUUAGGUAAACAAUGUUUUGCUAAACCUUUAAUUUAUCUUUUAGCCUUGCUGAAUUAUUAAAGAGAUCACUUACUGUUAACUUCUGUUGAUGAUUUUGCCUUUUUAAAGUAGUAAGAGAAAUAAUAAACUUAAAUGGAAAAUUUGAUUGUUAAAACAUAUAAUAAAAUAUUAAAAACUAGUUUGCAUAUCCAGAAAUUCGAUCUUAUAUUUGAUUAUCCAAAUAAUAAAAGAAAUAAUGUUGAUAUUUUCCAUAACAGAAAUAUUAAUGAUUAAAUUGACAUUUUGUAUUUAUAUGAAAUGUUUGAAUUACAGAUUCAAGGUCAAGAAAUUUACCUUGAUUAUUGUUUAUCAGAUCUUGGUAAUUAGGAGGAUUUUAUGAAUAGGAAUUUAAUGUUUGGUAGAUCAUUCAUGUCAUUCUCUCAAUGUGCCAAGUUGUUUAUACAUGCCAUAUCAUGAUAACUGUUUGUUUUUCUAGAAUUCAUGGUCCAUUUUCAUUAUGAGAUGUCAGAUAUUAUCCUAAAUUAUGCCAAAAAUUUGCUUAAUUUUAUGUUUGAAAAAAUACAAAACAAAAACAAAAUAUUUCAAACAGAAAUGAGACUGAAUUGAUAUAUUUUGCAAUAAUAGAUCAAAGCGCACAAUAAUGAAACAAGUGCAUAAUUAGGUUUUAUUGUUAUAUUUGAAUAAAUUAACAUUGUGAAUUAGAUCCUGAGAUAUUUAUUUAUACUCCGCUUUCUUGGCUAGACCAUUUUUUUGCUUUUAUUUGCUAGACAAUUUGAUUUUAUUUAAAUUAUAUGGCAUUUUACUAAGUGAUGUCACAAAUAAGCUUUUUCACAUGAUUAAAUUUUGUUUUCACCAUAAACUUUAAGAUUUUGACCUGAUAAAUAUGGUUACAAGACCAUAAAGCUUUUUGACUUGAAAAUGAAUAUUUUAUUUGAAAAAUCACCAAAAACGUACGACAAAGAGCCAUUUAUAAUAAAACUUAUAAUUAUAACUUUUGUGAUCAAGCAGUAAGAUUUUUGACUCAAGGAGUACACUUUAUAUCAAAUAAUUUUUUACCAGGAACAAAAUACAACCCUUCUUUUAGUUUGAGUAAUCUUGGGAAUUUGUUAUUAGGUAACAAGAAAUUGAGUUUAGUGAGAAUAUUUAUGAAAUUUUUUAUGGUGCAAUGUAGAAUUAGUUUUUACUGCUCAAUAAUUUAAUAUUUGCUUCAGUUUAUUUCCUGCUCAAAUUAAGGUGAAUUAGUAUAACCAUAAACAAACACAUGUAGUUUAGAUUGUUUUAAGACCUGUUUUGCUAUCCAGAGAAAUUUAUAUUGUUACAAUUUUCACCUUUGCCUCUAUGAUCAUUUUGUAAAUUUACAAAGUCUACUGUGACUGAUUGUGAAUAAAAAUGAUUCUUUCUUAUAAUAUACAUCUCAUUUUCAUUAGAUGUAAGAUGAAUAGGUUUUGAUUCAUACAAUCUGUCCAUGGAAAAGAUAAAUACUUUGUUAUACAUUCCAUAUUGGUGUUAUCAUAAAUCUUUGUACAUAGAAAAAUAAUUUUAUUUGAUUCAUUUUUAUGUGGUCUACCAUUUUCAUGGAAGUAACCAUAAUGUAAGAUCUAUAUUUAGAAACUUUCCUACCAUAUGUAAAAUUUAUAUAUUGAAAUUGUUCUACCAUAAUUUCAGAUCUAUAUUGAGAAAAUGUUCUAAGUGUGGUUUAAUAAUGCAGUAAAUAAGCCACUUAAAUAGAAUAUAUUAAAGUCUUUAAGUAGCUCAGUCUGCUUGACAUUUAUAUCGUCUCACAUUGAACUUAUCUUUUUUACAUUUCACACUUUCUCUACAUACUCAUGGGAAACAUUUCCACAUGACAAUUUAUUAUGUUUUUUAUGGUUUACCUAGUGUAAUAAUCACGUGAACUGACUUAAUUUGACCUUUCUAUUUCUAGUUUUAAUAUAUUAUUUAUUAAAAGAUAUUAAUAGAAGAUGUUGCUAUUCUAAGGUUCUUUAUCUCUUUUAUAAACUCUGGCUAUUUCCACUUAGUUUAUUAGCAUAUUUAAUUUAUUUUCAGUAAUUUUGUGGGGGCAUUAUUGCUAUAAGUGGUUUCAUAUCUUUGGUUAUUUCAGGAAGUGCUAAUAUUUUAAAAGGAAACUUGACCUGGUGAAUUUGUGUAAUGGGGUUUGCCCUACUUUGAAUUUGGAACAGUCCAUUGAAUUUGGAACAGCCCAUUCUCAGGAUUUUCCUCAUCAAAAUAUAAAAAUUGAGCAAUUAACAUUAUAUAACCUGUUCAAUCUUUCCUACCAUAAUGUAAAAUCUAUAUAUUGAAAUUGUUCUACCAUUUUAAUAUAUUAUUUAUUAAAAGAUCUUUAUAGAAGAUGGUACAAAUGCUAUAGCUAGCCUGGUACAAAGGCUAAUUGAUUCAGGUUCCAGCAGGCUAGCCUGGUACAAAGGCUAAUUGAUUCAGGUUCCAGCAGGCUAGCCUGGUACAAAGGCUAAUUGAUUCAGGUUCCAGCAGGCUAGCCUGGUACAAAGGCUUUGAUUCAGGUUCCAGCAGGCUAGCCUGGUACAAAGGCUAAUUGAUUCAGGUUCCAGCAGGCUAGCCUGGUACAAAGGCUAAUUGAUUCAGGUUCCAGCAGGCUAGCCUGGUACAAAGGCUAAUUGAUUCAGGUUCCAGCAGGCUAGCCUGGUACAAAGACUAAUUGAUUCAGGUUCCUGCAGGCUAGCCUGGCUCUAUACUGGAGGCAAAGGCUUAUCAAUUUAGCUUCCAGCAGGUAAAGGGUUAAAUCUAAAUUUAUAUUUUACCACAACCUGAUUUCCAUAAACUAUUCACUAGAUUUAGAAUAAUAUAAAUAUAAGUGUUUCCUACAUAAGAGUCAAUGAUUUUGGUAGUUAUUAAGCUUUUGACUCUACCAGAAGUGUUUUAUAUUAAUGUUGAAAUAUUUUUAUUGUCAGAUCUGAUAUUUAUUGUUGUAAGAGAAUGCAGUACAUAGUUAGGUUUGAGAUCAUAGGACAGGUUUCUGUAUUUAUUUUUCACAAAUCUUAUAUAUAGAAAUAUAUGUUAAAAAGGUUUUCAAGUUUUACUUUAUUUUUGUCUGAGUAGGAUAAUUAUAUGUUCAUUCUUUACUGAGAAAUAAUAUUAUUCUAAAGAAAGUAUUUUUGUCAUUGUUUUUAGAAACUGGACAUUUCUGCAUUAUAUUUUAAGUCAUUAAAGAUAUGUAGUGUCAAAGUUCACAAAUAAUUACAAAGCCCACCUGAUGAGUUCAGUAAAGAAAGUGCUAAGGCAUCAUACCUCAGGAUUGCAACUUCAACCCAUUGUCAUUCCACGUGUAUUGCCAUGACAGAUUGUUUGAGAAAAACACUUUUAACGUAAUUCGUCCUCCACUGCUUAGAAAUAAUGAUAUUAAGGUAACUGCAGUAAAUUAGAAUAGUUUUCCUUCGGAAUCCAAGAACAUUCAUUAUAUAUUUGCCAAUCUGUAUGUGAAUAAAAAUAAAUACUGUAAAUCUGGUGCUAAACUACUGAAAUUAUUUACAUAAAGCAAGCAUAUUGUGACUUAUUGACUUAUUUAGUCUUGUAUUUUGUUUGUUAUUUCAGUGUCAUUAUAUGUUUAAUCAGGUCUAUAGUGCAUCGUAGGUAAGGGUCCCUUACUUUGAAUCAGAUUUCAAUGCAUGGUUAUUGUACUUUGCCUAUUUCUACUUAAAAAUAAUGCAAGGAGGGUCACCAGGGGGCAUUAUAUCAGUGGUGCUGGAAAGAAACUAUAUAAUUGUAACUCUAUAACACUUACCUCGCUAAAUAUCAUAACUGGACCUGUCCAAUUGUCAGUCUGGAUGAAAUCAUUUAUCAUUUUUAGGGAAACAUUUCAAAUAUGUACUGACCUAAUAGUGAACAGAACCGAUCAUGAUCAGGUGGCAUGGAUCUGCUGGCAUUGUCUGCAUUGACGGCAAUGGUAUUUUUGUAAACACCAGCAGACUGAAGCUUAAAACCGAACUAUUAAUUUUGAAAUAUUCAUCACAAAACUAACAUUCAUGUCAUAUCUGUUUUAGUUAUUGUUAAUACUCAUUUUAUCAUUUGUUAUUUAGUUUUAUUGAUUGUGUAUAUGUCUAUGAAAUGUUACUAUUAUAAUUAUUAAAGAUAUAAAUGGUAUUGGUUAUCAUUCAAUAAAAACAUGAUACUUUUU